AUGCCUUCGAGUGUCAUCAGCAAGCCCGUGAUCGAACAUUUCGUUCCGGUGAAGCCUACGAAGAAGGAUCUGCAAUACGCCGAACUGGUCCAGCUGGACCUCUCCACAUUUGACGAUGGCGACGAUGCGAGGCGCAAGCUUGCGAAGCAACUGGACCAGGCGAUGCGCACCCAGGGCUUUUUUUAUGUCAUCAAUCACGGGCUGAAGAUCGAAGAUAUCAACCGGCAGGUUGACAUCGGACAUCACGUCCUGACCAAAACUCCGUUGGCGGAAAAGCAGCGGCUGGAAGGGAAAAUGAAGCAGGAGGGGGACUACCAGGGAUUCAAAUUGCGCCAGUACUGGACCAUCGACCAAGGGGUCAAGGAUCAGAUUGAGCAGUACAACUGGAAUCGCAACCUGACUUUGCGGGAGCACCCGUCGACGUUUCUACCCUUCCGGGACGAGAUCGAGGUCCUGAAUCAAUACGUGCACAAGCAGAUCCUGUUCCGGCUCCUGCGACUCUUUGCAAUCGCCCUGGAACUGCCAGAAGAUUUCUUCGUGAAUCUGCAUCAGUACGAUGUUGCCGAUCUCUCGUGGUACCGAUAUAUGAUGUUCUUUCACGAGCACGAGGCCGGUGAUAUGACGAAAACGAAGGGGGUCUGGCUCAAGGGUCAUUGCGAUUUCGGGUCCCUCACCCUCUUGUUCAGUCAACCCAUGGCGUCGCUGCAGUUGAUGGAUCACCACAGUCAGCAAUGGCGGUGGGUGAAGCACAUUCCGGGGGCCAUCGUGGUCAACGCCGGCGAAAUGUUCGAGUGGUGGACGGGGGGGUAUUACAAGGCCACCAUCCAUCGAGUGUGUCAGCCCCCAGCAGACCAGCGCAACCAGGAUCGAUGUGGACUUUUCUAUUUUGUCGUUCCCAACAGCCACGUGAAGAUCAACACCUUGUUGGACGAGUCUCCGGUUCUUCGACGGGCGGGCGUUGAACGCAAAUUCGAACCUGGCACCGAGCCCACAUCCGAGUCAUACAGUCGAGCCCGGAUCGGCGCAUAUGGGACGUCGGCGCUGUUUACCCAGAAGGGGUCUGGGGUGCAAGAGGAGCUGGUGGGGGGUGUGAAGACCAAGCAUUAUAACUGA